AUGUCUGAUGUUAUUGAUGAUAAAUGUGAUGAUGUUAGUCUUAAUAGUAUGUCCUCUAGCCAGCUAAGUACUUCCAGAUUAAAGUUAGAUAAGGCAUUACUGAGGAAAAGGAAUUUAGAGAAGAGACUUGAGUUAGAACGGCAACUUAAGAUGUUAAAUCUACAAGAAGAGGUUGAUAUCGCUGAACUAGAAUGCAAAGCCAUCGAGGACGAUGGACGAUUACCCGUAGAUAAAUGUGGGACAAAUGCUAAAGUGGAAAAUUAUUUGGAUCAUGAUAUUGGGUGUAAUAAUCACUCAGGGAAGGUCUGUGACAUCUCAAAUGUCGAUUGGGUUGAGGAACUGAAGGACACGUUACAUACAAUGGUUAGUAACAUGUCUUUACCUAAGAUCGAUAUGAUGUACUUUGAUGGGCAACCAGGUCAGUAUUACCGUUUCAUUAGUCAGUUUAAUAGCCUUAUAGAGAGUAAAUUGUCAGAUAAGGGCCAAUUGUUGUCGUAUUUGUUAUACUAUUGUAAGGGAAAGGCCAGGACAGCUAUUGAAGCUUGCAUUUCAUUGCCCAUUCAUCUGGGCUACGAUAGAGCUAAACAGAUUUUGUAUGAUUUAUUUGGUAAAGAACAUCUUGUUGCACGAGAACUUAUUAUUGAGUUAUUAAACCAUAAAUCUGUCGGAGGAUCAGCUGACUUAUUAACUGACUUUGCGAUUAAAUUGCGUAAUGUAUGUAUAACGUUGAUGGAAAUGGGAUACAUGUCUGACGUUAAUUCUACGGCUAAUUUGGAGGUAAUAGUUUCAUGUCUACCACUAGAAUUGCAGAAUAAGUGGGUGGAAGUCGCCGAUAAAAUCAUGAUGCAUGGGAAGGAGCCGAGCUUCGAAGAAUUUGUGGUCUUUGUAGAAGAGAGGGCCAGAAUUGCCCGAACCCGUUAUGGUAGAUUAGUACAGUGUAACUCAAGGUUCGGUAAAAGGAAUCCUGAAGGCCAAGCUGAUAAGAGAUCACGCUUUCAUGCAAUCAGACGAGACCCAAAUAACUCAGUCAAGGUAACACGUUGUGAAAUCUGCGUAGGUGAUCAUGAGGCGACAGAUUGUCCAAGGUUGGCAAAAAUGAAAGUAAAAGAAAGGAGGCAGGAGGUAAGAAAACGUGGUCUAUGUUACUUAUGUUUAAGGAAAGGUCACAUAGCUAUGACAUGCAACUCAGGCAUCAAGUGCGACGUUGAGAAUUGCAAGGUUGGGCAUAAUUCAUUAUUGCAUAUUGAUAGUAUUGAUAACCAUGUGGUGAACCUAAAUAAGGAUUGGAACUCCUCAAAGGUUUGUUUGGGGAUCGUUCCAGUCAGACUAUACGGUCCCAAAGGAUGUUUGGAAACAUAUGCACUUUUAGAUAGUGGUUCGGACACUUCUCUUGUAUGUGAAGAAUUAAUUAAUCAGUUGGGUAUCAAAGGUAAAGAGACUUCGAUAAGGGUGGCGACUGUGAACGGAACUACCAAUUGUGAUUGUUUGGAGGUAAAUUUAGAGGUAUUUUCAUUAGAUGAACAGGGUUCUAUAAGGAUCAACAAGGUUUACACGACCAAGAAACUUCCAAUCGAUCAUGCAACACCUUUAACCGAACUCCAACUGAAACGGUGGAAUCAUCUAAAGGACAUAACCCUUCCGAGGUUGCAAAGUAAUUUUGUAGGAAUAUUGAUUGGGUGUGAUGCUCCGGAUGCUCAUUGGGUCCUAGAACAACGUAUGGGGACAGGAAGCAUCCGUUUGCUGUGCGUACUCAUCUUGGUUGGAUGA